CGUUCGAAACACACGUGCAGUAGAGAAAAGCGGCUCGGCGCUCGGCUCAGUGUGCUCCGAACUGUUAGUGUGCUGCCUCGUAAAAAAGGGACGAACGUCGUUUAGGGGCGACUUUCUAAGAAGUGUGCGCGUGUGUUACUGCGGGAUUAGGACGUGCCGGGUGAUCCGGUAGCUGUACGAACAUUCUUAUAGAAUUGUCAGAGGGAAAUGACACUGGGCGCACAAAUCGAGGCUUCUGCAGAGAACGGGAGUCUGAAAAUCUCGCUGCUGAACGGCGACGAGGAUCGAACGGGUACUGAUUUGAAGCAGAACAUGGAAGAUACAGGAAGCACUAGCGUGUCCACGAAAAAUGUUGUCGAAAAGGGGGAAGUUGAGGCCACAAAGGAGGAUGGGAAUGAGAAGGAGAAAGAGACAGAGAAAGACAAAGACAAAGACAAAGACAAAGACAAAGACAAGGACAAGGAAAAGGAGAAUGAUAAGAAGAGUGAUAAAAGUGAAAAGGAAGUGGAUGGAAACAAAGAUAAAGAUAAAGAUGCUGGAAAUGAGCAAGAGGUUGUUUUCAUUCAAGACAUGGGAUUCACUGUUAAAAUUGUUAGUCCAGGUGCAGAGCCUUUCGAUAUUCAGGUCUCCAGUAUGGAAUUGGUCCAGGAAAUCCAUCAGCUGCUGAUGGAUCGAGAGGACACCUGCCACCGCACUUGUUUCUCCCUUCAACUCGAUGGCAAUACGUUAGAUAACUUUGCCGAGUUGAAGAACAUCGAAGGUUUGAAGGAAGGCUCGAUAAUUAAGGUGGUGGAGGAGCCGUACACAAUGCGAGAAGCCCGUAUACACGUUCGACACGUUCGAGAUUUAUUGAAGUCUGUAGAUCCCGCCGAUGCUUACAACGGUGUCGAAUGUAGCAGCUUGUCGUUCCUCAACGUGGUCACUAAUGGUGACAUUCUCGAAAAGAAGAAGAGCAGAGCAGAUUCAGUCGAUUGUACACCGCCUGAUUAUAUUAUACCUGGUUGUAAAGACAGGCCUUUAUUACCUUUACAACCGCAAGCUAAGGAGCAAAAAUGUCCUCCAUGCUUAAAAGUUUUAACGACAUCCGGAUGGAAUCCUCCACCUGGACACAGGAAGCUUCACGGUGACUUGUUAUAUUUGCAUGUGGUAACGCUGGAGGAUAAGCAGUAUUAUUUGACUGCCUGUGCCAGGGGGUUCUUUGUUAAUCAGUCAACAAAAGAGGUGUUCAAUCCAAAACCGGCGAUCCCAAGCCAUCUGUGUCACAGCUUAAUCGAGCUACUGAACCAGCUCAGUCCAGCAUUUAAACGGGGUUUCGCUGCUAUGCAAAGGAGGAGAACGCAGAGGCAUCCGUUUGAAAGAGUUGCCACACCUUAUCAGCUGUACGCGUGGAGUGCACCGCAAAUUGAACAUACAAUCGAUGCAAUACGCGCUGAAGAUACUUUCUCUUCCAAGUUGGGGUACGAAGAACAUAUCCCCGGACAAACUAGAGACUGGAACGAGGAACUACAAACAACGAGAGAGUUACCUCGCAAAAACUUACCCGAAAGACUGCUUAGAGAACGUGCUAUUUUUAAAGUUCACAGUGAUUUCGUCGCUGCCGCGACUCGCGGGGCAGUAGCUGUGAUAGAUGGUAACGUGAUGGCAAUAAAUCCUGGAGAAGAGGCGAAAAUGCAGAUGUUUAUUUGGAACAAUAUUUUCUUCUCUCUUGGAUUCGACGUGAGGGAUCAUUAUAAAGAACUGGGCGGUGACGCUGCCGCUUUUGUCGCCCCACGCAACGACUUACAAGGUGUCAGAGUGCACGCCGCUGUAGAUUUGCCUGGCCUUUACACCCUUGGUACUGUUGUGAUUGACUAUAGAGGAUAUCGUGUCACCGCUCAGUCAAUCAUCCCAGGAAUCUUGGAGCGUGAGCAGGAGCAAUCCGUUGUUUACGGCUCUAUUGAUUUUGGGAAAACAGUUCUCACGCAUCCGAAGUACCUUGAAUUGUUAAACAAAGCCGGUCAGCAAUUGAAAAUUCUUCCUCACAAAGUCAUCAAUGAUGCCGGAGAAGAAAUCGAACUUUGUAGCAGUGUCGAAUGCAAGGGUAUCAUUGGAAAUGACUCUCGACAUUACGUACUCGAUUUGCUGAGAACCUUCCCGCCCGAUGUCAAUUUCCUUAAAUUGGAAGGCGUAGAACUGAGCAAGGAAGCAAGAGCACUAGGUUUUCCAAUUGAACAUAAGCACAGACUGGCUUGUCUUCGUCAGGAAUUGAUGGACUCUUUCGUUGAGGCUAGAUACGUUCAAUUUAUUAAACACGCUGCUGUUCAUCUUCAACAACUGACGUCUGCUAGGAGGGUACAAAAGGAAAAGGAAACCAUUACUAAGGAAGGUAAGAAGGAAGAAUCGAACGCCAUUACAGUGGAUAGCAACAAAGAAGAUUCGACUCAAUCGGUUAUUGAAGCCGACGAAGCCAAAAAAAUUGUAGAAAGUAUUACCGACUCCAUUACUGGAGGAGAGAAACAAGAAUUGGAGGAAAGUACGAAAGAAAUAGUACGUCGAGCGGCAGCAGCAGUUGGUAGUUUGCAAGAAGCUGAAUUUGAUGUCAGGUUUAAUCCAGACGUAUUUUCUCCGGGUGUACGACAUCCGGAUCCAAAUGGUCCUGCGCUCAAGAAACAAAAGCAGUUGGUGCAGGACGCCGCUGACUUUUUAUUGACUGUACAGAUCCCAACAUUUAUCCGCGAAUGUUUGGAUCAUACAGCUGCAGCGAUGGACGGCAGUACAUUGGUAGAGGCUUUACAUGGAAGAGGUAUCAAUGUUCGUUAUCUUGGUAAACUGGCCACUAUGUUAGCCGCGGUUCCACAAUUGCAAUAUUUUAACCGCAUUGCUGUUUCGGAGCUUCUUUUGCGUUCUGCCAAACAUGUCUUCACAGUUUACAUGCAGGGUACAGAACUAAUGAGUCUUUCCGCUGCAAUUAGCCAUUUUUUGAAUUGCUUAUUGUCCUCCGCACAAAUUAUUCAUCCGCAACAAAAUCUGGAAGAGCUUCAGAGUAAAACUGCAAAGCGGCGCAAUAAACGGAAAGGUAGAAAUAAUGGUCCGCAACAAUCCGAGGUGGAAUGGGCUUCCUUGACGCCUAAGUCACUCUGGCAACAAAUCAGAGCUGAUCUAAAGAGUUAUUACGACUGGGAAACACCAUGUCCGGAGUCGCUGGACGCCACGAUAGAUCAUUUUCAUCUACAAAAGAUCUCUUUGCUACGUGGUUUCUGUAUAAAGACUGGCAUACAAAUAUUAUUACGCGAAUACAAUUUCGAGAAUAAAAACAGGGCCACAUUCUUUGAGGAAGACAUACUAAAUAUAUUCCCCGUUGUGAAGCAUAUCAACCCUAGGGCUAGCGAUGCAUACAACUUCUACACAACGGGUCAAAGCAAAAUCCAACAAGGUUAUCUGAAGGAUGGUUACGAACUGAUCAGCGAAGCACUAAAUCUCCUGAAUAACGUGUACGGUGCCAUGCAUCCGGAAAUUGCACAGUGUCUUAGAAUGCUUGCUCGAUUGAAUUAUAUAAUGGGUGAUCAUGGCGAAGCUCUGGCCACUCAACAGAAAGCAGUACUAAUGUCAGAAAGAGUUAAUGGAAUCGACCAUCCAUACACUAUUACUGAAUAUAUUCAUCUUGCACUGUACUCUUUCGCAAAUGGUCAAGUUUCUGUCUCACUGAGGUUACUGUACAGAGCACGUUACCUGGCCUUAUUAGUUUACGGCGAAGAUCAUCCGGAAGUGGCGUUACUCGAUAGCAAUAUUUCCUUGAUACUCCAUGCUGUUGGAGAAUACGAACUGUCGCUUCGCUUCUUGGAGCACGCGUUGGCCUUGAAUCUCCGGUACCACGGACCCCGAUCCUUGAAGGUCGCUGUCUCUUAUCACUUGGUCGCAAGAACGCAAUCUUGCAUGGGUGAUUUCCGUGCAGCUCUAAACAACGAAAAAGAAACUUACGCUAUAUACAAGCAACAGUUGGGCGAGGACCACGAGAAAACCAAAGAGAGCAGCGAUUGUUUGAGACACCUCACGCAGCAAGCGGUUGUGUUGCAGAAGAAGAUGAACGAAAUUUAUACAGGAAAGUCAGGUGUCAGUCUGCCACCUAUCCAGGUGCAGCCGCCCAGCAUGGGCUCGGUACUCGACAUGCUGAACGUGAUCAACGGUAUUUUAUUUGUUCAAAUCAGUCAGCAGGAUAUCGAGAACUUCAAAGCGGAAAUAGAAAAACGCCAAAAGGAACAGACCCCUGACGGAGAAACGAAAGCUAUUCAAAACGAGAACAAAAAGGAAGAAAAGGACAAUAAUAAGAAAGAAGAGAAGGAGAAUAAGAAGAACGAAAAAGAGAGCAAGAAAGAAGAAAAAGAAAAUAAGAAGAUAGAGACACAGAAGGUUGAGUCGAAUAAGCUGGAGGAGAACAAAAAUACGUUAGAACCACUAGUUGCAGAGAGCUGAGCUCAUUUCGAUCCGCGAACAAUGAUACUUAGUAGUUUUUUUCUUUUUUUUUUCUCGGAAUCCUAGUCUUUCCCAGCCCGCAUCCAGUCUUCGUAAAGAGUAACGAGAGUAAGGUAUACAAAAUUGGGAUAAAAUUGCAGUGUUUACUCGAUAAAUGUGCCGAAUAUCGUUCGGUAUAUUGCACGUGUGCAAUCUGCUGUCAGGUUCGAACAUUUCGGAUAGUGUGGCGAUAUUAACGGUAUUGCGUCAAAUCCUCCGGGAAACAUUUUUACCUGGCUGUUCGCAAUGCUCGAUUUUACGCCAAGCCGCAGAAUUUCUUUGACUGAUUUAUGACUGCAUACAAGCACUGGUUCUUCACUUGUGUAAAUAGUUCUAAACAGGGAAAAAAAGAAAUACGUUGCCUUAACGGCGCAUGCUUAUCGCCGCGACUGUUCACGAUUCGAUUAGUUCGCGAAUUUCAAUGUAUUACCAUGAAUUAGUGGCGUUUCGCGUGUUCUCUAAAGGCUCAAUUAAUCGUACUUCAUAACAAAGGCCAUUGGUAUUACAGACGUUACUAUUCUAUUAAUCGACAAAAUAAUCAGCGUCUGUUCCAACGUACUACACAAGUGUUGUUAAUCUCAAACCAAACGCGCGAAGUACCAGG